CGCAGUGCGUUGCGAGUCUCGGGAUUUCCGCCCCCCCUCUCGCAGUGACCAUGGCGCUCAACAAGAAUCACUCAGAAGGCGGCGGAGUGAUCGUCAACAACACGGAGAGACCUCUUCACAUCAGGGCUACUUUCUGCCACUACCUCUGCUCCUUCAAUGACAGCCGUCCUGCCUGCUCACUUGCCCUUGUGAACUGUCUGGCCUCUCUAGGCCACUCUUGGGGCCUUUUCCUGUAUAGUGCUUCCUCUGAAGCCAGAGCCAGCGGCAGUUCUGGCACUGAUGGCCCUUGGCCUCUCUCCCUGCAGAUCAUCUUUCUGUCCAAGGGGAAGGAUGCCAUGCAGUCCUUCAUGAUGCCAUUCUAUCUGAUGAAGGACUGUGAGAUCAAGCAGCCUGUAUUUGGUGCAAACUACAUCAAGGGAAUGGUGAAGGCCGAAGCAGGAGGUGGCUGGGAAGGCUCCGCUUCCUACAAAUUGACCUUCACAGCAGGGGGCGCCAUUGAGUUUGGACAACGGAUGCUGCAGGUGGCCUCUCAAGCUUCCAGAGGUGAAGCCCCCAAUGGAGCCUAUGGGUACCCUUACAUGCCCAGCGGGGCCUAUGUCUUUCCCCCACCAGUCGCCAAUGGAAUGUACCCCUGCCCUCCUGGCUACCCCUAUCCACCGCCCCCACCUGAGUUCUACCCAGGACCUCCCAUGAUGGGUGGAGCCAUGGGCUAUGUGCAGCCCCCGCCUCCACCCUAUCCCGGGCCCAUGGAGCCUCCGGUCAGCGGCCCUGAUGUCCCUUCCACUCCAGCAGCGGAGGCCAAGGCUGCAGAAGCAGCUGCCAGCGCCUAUUACAACCCAGGCAAUCCACACAACGUCUACAUGCCCACGAGCCAGCCUCCACCCCCACCUUAUUACCCCCCAGAAGACAAGAAGACGCAGUAGAGCCCGCCUGCCUCCCUGCCUCUCUUCUUGGGGGGUGGGGGAGGGGAGGCCUACAGGGCCAUCCUUCCCCAUCUGAUCAUAAACAGUUACCUGGAAUGAGCAAUGUGGGAAGGGCGUGGCCCCUUGACCUCUAGAGAGGCACCCCAGUUUCCCAGGCUAGCCCAGCCCACAGUGCUGCUUCCCUCUCGCCAUCUCUGGGGCUCCCGGGAGCACGGCUGUCCCUCUGGUUCCUCUUUCUCUCUGAUAACAGCUCCACUAGCGCCUUCCCACGGAGGGACUCUCUGACCACCUCCUCCACCACAGUCCAGCCCCUGGGUCUGGCCACCAGACUACACACAACCCUGUGAGCCGGCAGGGCAGGGCAGCCAUGUCUUCCCGCCAGGCCUGCCAGGCUCUCCCAUUCCGUCCCCUGCUGGGCGCCUGGCCCUGGAAGGCAGGGUGCCCCAUCCCCCCCAGCUGUUAGGCCACAUUCCAUCCAGCCAGGCCCGGCCGCCUUGCCUCCUGUGUGGGUUUGGGAGCGUUACCAUGAGCUGCUGUGUGACGGGACUGGAGGCAAGGCCUUGGUUUCAGGGAGGAAACCCUUUUGCGCCCCCUCCCCCUUAGAAAGUCUAAUCUGUUCCCCCCUUCAGUCUUCUCCCACUCUAAGGGGCUUCCUGGUGGGAGUUGUUCAGCGCAUGUCUGGCCCACUAUGCCAGGCAGAGGCUGCAGGGUGGGCUGUGAACAAGGGCUGCAACCCUUGUGUCCCCAGAAUCUGCUGCCACCCCUCAAAGCUUCACGCCCCCUGGAUGCAUUAAGACUUGUUCCUGGACUGGCCACAAAAUGAGGAGAUGGUUAUUUAAAGAGAAUUCCCUAUUUAUUUGACAAAAUCCAGUUAAUAUAUUAAUGUGAAAUAAACCCUGUUUGCACCUUGGAUUUGUUUGCUAAAACUGUGAAAUAGUAAAACUGAAGCAACUGGA